AUGGCGAAUGAGCUAGCCGAGCUCCUGAGAAGGCUCGGGGCCCACGCACGGCAGCUGGAAGAUACGCAAUCAUUGGAUGAGUUCCAGCGGCAGGCUGCGGAGGUCUGCGGGGCGUGUGAGCUGACGCUGCAGCAGCUUGCGCUGGCACGCACUGCGCUCAAAGACACAACGCCGUCAACAUGGGAGGCCCUGGGCGAUGAGGGCGUUGUGCUGGCGGAUGCUGUAAAGACCGUCAACGCCCUCAUGCGCUUUGGCAAGGGCGCGCAGCCGUACAUUGCCGCUGCGCUGUACAGCUGGCUGCUGCGCGCGCCCAGCUCCCCGGCCCAUUUUCUGAUGGACGGCCUCAAUUUCUCAGGCUUCAUGCAACGCAUCAAGGAUGCUUGCUGCGGCGCCGCCGCCAGCGCAUCUAAGGGCGGCGCGGCGGGCGCGGACGCGGCCUCCCAAGAGGAGGGCGGCGGUGCCAGCGCAGCCAGGGACACGGCCGACGAGACGGCUGUAUGCCUGGCUUUCGAGGCGGUGGCCAACCUGGCGGCGCUGCUGGGGUCGGUGGGCGUGCGUAGCUGCGAGGACGUGCGCCAGCUGUGUGCCGAGGUCCUGCCGGAGCUGGCGGCGUGCUCGCGGGUGGCCAAGGCGACGGCCGCGGGGCGCGCUGUGGGCCUCUCCUCAGGCGUCAUCCGCGACGCCGCGUACGAGGCGAUGGCUGCGCUGCUGAACCCCCGCCACGGCAGCGCCCACGAGACCGCGGCGUCGCUCUUCCCGCGCCUGUCGAACGUCAUGCUCGGCGCCGCGCCGGCGGCCGGCGGCGGCAGGAAGGGCGCGGCGGACGCGAGUGCGAUCCGCACGGCGGCAUGCACGUUUGUAUGCGAAGCGCUCGGGCGCCAGCCCGAGGUGCAGGAGGUGGUUGCCGCGCUUGCGCGCCACGUGUGCCUUAAGGCCCCGGACCGCGCCGAGCCGCGCGCCAACGCGAUCCGGGCGGCGGCGACGAUGGUGCCGCUGCUGGCGCAGUGGGAGCAGGACCAGUUCAUCGGCCAGCGCUGCCUGGCCGUCGGCCUGGCCCGCGAGCUGCUGAUGCACCUGCCGGAGCCCUUCCAGCAGUCGACGUUCCAGCAGGCCGCGGACGCGGGCGCCGCCGCCGAUGCGUCCGGGGAGCGCGGCGCGGCACGGGACGUGGUGCCGGCGCCCUGGAGCGUCGUGUGCCUUGCCGCGCUGCUCCACAGGUGCAGCGACAAGUCUGCAAUCGUGCGGGCGCGCGCGCUGUCAGACCUUUCGGAGGUCGUCGCGUGCUUCGGGGAGCUGCUGGCGCGCGACCCGGCCAGCGACGAAUACCGCGUGGCGGAGCGCUUCGUGGCCGGCCUGGUGGCCGCGGCGCACCUGGAGCUACCCAAGCCCGCGGCGAGCACCAACGGUCCCAAGGCGCAGCGCCCGAGGCGGCGCGCCGCCUCUGCGGGCGGCGGCGAGUCGGACGGCGAGGCCGACGCCGACGGCGGUGGCGGUGGCGGGCGCGGCGGCGCGGAGGGCAUGGAGGACCUCGGCCCCCUGCUCUCCCUGGUGCACCGCCGCUGUGCCGACCCCAAGGCCGCCGUGCGCAAGGGCGCGCUGCAGCUGCUGGUGGAGGCGGUCACGAUGCGCGCGGGGUGGCAGGGGUACCCGCGGCAGCUGCCGGGCAGCCAGGACCUCGUGCUGCUGGAGGCCGCCACGAUGGACCCCCUGGUGAGCGUGCGCAAGGCCGCCCUGGUGGCGCUCAGCCGCCUCGUGGAGCUGCUGCCGCUCGAGCCCACGCUGUGCGCCGCAUGGGUGCGCUCCGCGCUGCCCCUCGUGCGCGACCCGGAGUCGAGCAUCCAGGAGUCGGUGCUCGAGUGGGUGCAGUCCCUGCUGCUGGACCGCGCCGCCGCCGGAACCGCGGCGGGCGCCGCGCCCGACGGGGAGGACGCGGCGGGCGAGGGCGCGGGGGCGUCUGCGGCCGCAGCCACGGAGCUGCGGCCGCUGCUGGCCGCCGUCGCCGGCGUCGGCCGCGCGGCCGGCGCGUGCCUGGGGAGGGUGUGCGCGGCGCUGAAUGUCAAGGGCAAGCUGGCCGGCAAGAAGGUGGCCAGGGGCCUGGAGGCGUUCGUUGCCGGCGUCCCCUCCGGCUCCCCCGAGGCCCUGGGUGCGUGGGCGCUGCUCAGGGAGGUCGCUGCCCAGCAGCCCGCCGCGCCCUCCUGGCAGUUCCUGCAGCAGCGGUGGGGCGAGCUGCAGAGGGCCGCGGCGGCGGCCGCGCACCAUGGCGAGGACGGCGGCGGCGGCGAUGAAGGCGAGGGCUCCGGCGCCGCGGGCGCGCUGGCGGAGGAAGGCGCACUGCUGCUUCUCGUCAUCUCGGCGGCGGCCGAGAGCUUCCCGCCGGCGCAGGGCGCCGCGCUGGCCUCGCAGCUGCUGCAGGCCAUCCUCGCCUUCAACCUCCCGCCCGCCGCCGCGGCCGCCCACAUCGCGGCCCUCUCGAAGCUCACCUCCGGCGGCGCCCCCGCCCCCGGCGUCGGCGCGCCCGAGCAGUGGUGCCGCCAGGCGUACGCGGCGGUGCACGAGCUGCUGCAUCAGUACGUCGGCGGCGCCGCGGCCCAGCAGAACCCCCACCAGCCGGGGGCGGCCGCGGCGCGCGCGCGGCGCCGCGCGGCGGCCGCCGUGUUUGCUGCGGGCGAGCUCGCGCUGCUGCGCGUCGCGCGGCCGCCGGGCGGGCUGACGGUGCUGCUGCAGGCGCUCACCGCGCCCAGGCUGCUGCCCGGCAUGGCCGCCGCGGCGGCCGGCUGCGACGACGACGCGGCCAUGGUGGAUGCCGGCGUGCCGGCGCCUGGCGGCGAGGCCGGGGAGGAGGGCAGUGGCGCCGCCGCGGGCGCAGGCGUGGUCGGUGUGGACGUGCCUGUUUCGCUGCAGGGUCACGCGUGGAUCAGCCUGGGCAAGGUGUGCCUGGUGGACGAGCCGCUGGCCAAGAGGCUGGUGCCCCUGUUCGUACAGGUGCGGAGACGGGCGGGGUAA